AUGCCCUCAAACGCGCCCGCCUCGGCUGACAACUGGUGGUGCGACGAGAGCUCCGAAUAUGCCUUCAUGGGCUUCUCGUACGAGGUCACCGCCUGCCAGAGCCCCCAACAGCUUCAGCAGGACUUUGCUGACAUCCGCAACACCUUCAACGGCCGUUACAUCCGUAUGUACGGUGCCUGCGACAACGACGGCUUCUACGACGACGUCGUGAACGCUGCCUGGGACAACGGCAUCGGCGUGCACGCGCUCAUCUGGUUCGGCUUCGACGGCGGAAACCAGUGGCAGCAGCGCCGCGACUCGCUCGUUUCGACGCUCUACAGCAACCCCAAGGCCAAGUUCGUUACGCGCGGCAUCCAGUUCGGCUCCGAGCCCUUGUUCGACGGCGUCCUCUCUCCCAACGACCUCGCAUCCCAGAUCUGGGACCUCAAGGGCCAGGUCAAGUCCCUCGGCAUCCCCGUCACCGUCUCGGAGCUCGCGUACGGGUAUCAGUCGAACGGCGGCGCGCAGAACGUGCUCGACGCGCAGGACUACCUCAACAUCCACAUGCUGCCCUUCUUUGACGCCACGGCGAGCACGUCCAACGACGCGUGGCCGAUCGUGCAGAAUAACCUCCAGUUCUUCCAGGAGAACGGCGGCGGCAAGAAGAUGUACUUUGACGAGAACGGCUGGCCCUCGGUCACCAGCGAGGGCGUCCAGGCCAACAGCGGUGCCGCUGUUGCCGACGUUACCAACGAAGCCGGCUACUACCAGCUCCUCGAAGACCACUGCUCGGACCUUAAGAACAACGCCCAGGGCGGUAUUGGCUGGUUCGCGCACAUCUACUCAGACAGCCAAGAGCCCGGCUACGGCAUCUACGACACGAACGGGAACAAGAAGUUCAACUUCGCGCCCCGCACGUACUGCUAA